GGGGGGGGAAGUGUAGGAAGGCCACAUGUGAGCGAUGUGUGUGGAAAGGUUUACAGCUUCAGUGGUGUUUCUUUAUUGAACUGAGGUUUUUCAUGAUAAUUUCCUGUGUGACUGUGUCUCUUUGUGUUUAACUGUUUAAAUUCAUGAAAAUGACCUUGCUAAACAACUUUAGUUUCGAAACCAGACACAACAUGUACGAUGUGUCUGUUUUCGCUUGAUGAAAUAACAUGAUAGAGAAACAGCUGCAGCACAGAGAUUAGUUUCACGACAUGGCUUAUAUUGACUUUUACUGUGUAGUUGUCUAAUAUGAACAUCAGGUUGAAUGAUUCACAAGUUCAGGGUCAAAUGAUAUGUAAUUAAAUAUAUAUUAUGUGUUAUUAUACUGUUUUAUAUAAUAAUGUAUAGUUAUAUCCAGAUUGUGACUUAAUCCACAACUUUUAUUAUAUUUUCUGGCUUUCACUAAGCUCGACAUGUUUAACCUCUGCAGCAGUGGGGCUCAUGCUCUGUGUCGGUCAGUUCUUUGACCAGACCUCCGCUAUGUUCCAAACUGAAACAUCUCCACUACUUUUGGAUGGUUGGUCAUUUACAGACAUUCAUGGUCCGCAGAGGAUGAAUCCUACUGAUGGUAGCAAACCCCCUAACGUAUCAUUUAACACCUCCAGCAAGUCAGUAAUUUCACAUGUCUGGUGAAACAGCUCAACUUCUGUUAGAAACUUAGCUAAAGAGAAAAUAUACUAUGGUUGCCAACUCUCAGUUUAGCGCCACCGUGUGUUUGAUAUUUGUGGAUUUGACCAGAAAAAAAUUGGCAAAGACAAUCAUGUCCUUCUCAACAUGAAUUGUAAGAACCUAUUGUCAUCGUCAGGUUAUUUGAAUCCGUGUAGUACUUUACUUUAUGAUCAGUUACCAUCAGUCUGGGCUGUGUUUAGAGCUAAUUAUCAUUCUAAUGUAAUAUGAUCUUGAACAUGGAAUCAUAUGACGGUGUUUGCACAACAAUGCAAACACAGUCAGUGCGAGCGUCUUAGCCUGCACACGCUUUUUUGCAGCUUCAGGGAGCUGUUAGAGCGGCUGCCUCCUUCGAAAAUGUAGAACACACCACCCACUUGGCAGCUGACGGCAACCAAACCAGCCCAUAAUGUUACCUGCAAAUCCUGUUUGACACACAGAGUCCCCUCAUUUUAAAGAAAGAAACUGUCAGUAACUGAUAUUUGGUAUAAGCCUAAAUUCUCAAAUGUCGGUGCACUAACAAAAGAAUCACUGAAAUCAUUAUCGGACACGACUAUUACAUGACUUGCUCCGCGGUGAGUAAAUGAUGACGUCCCACUGCCUGAGUGUUCCGACGCUCUCGAGGAGCCACUUCAGGAUGAUUUACCCUUUUGAGGCCCGUUGAUGAAUGACCUUUUCUUUCAAAUGUCCCCGUCUCCGACUGGACAAAGCUCCAGAGGAAAAAUAAUCAACUCUGAAGUGGGAGGAUCAAGAUUUUCUACUUAGUUAGGCUUCAAACCACUUGCAUCAGUGCAAGUGCCCCCCCCCCAUCCCACCUGCCCAAAAAAUGCUUUCUCUGCUAAACCUGACACUAUUUGGUGUAAAGGAAAUAAAUUAAGAAAGUCUUGUUCUGUAAACAUUAAAGGAAAAGCCUUUAUUAGUGUUCCUAAUGCUCAUUGGCCUUUUCAGGGUGAAUAAUAAGGAGUGGUAACGGAAUGGCAAUAUAUAUAUAUAGAGGCUUGUAUAUGUCUCUUUAAUUUGUUGUAUAUACAGUUUUUGUAUAUAUUUGAGUGAUGAAUCGUUCACAGUUUUGUUUUUUUUGCAGUAUGCACGUUGUGUUAUUGUGGCUUUUUUCCUUUAAUUGGCGUUACCUGCUCUUCUAUCCAAUUGUGACGUUGCAUGUGAUGUAAUAUCCAUAAGUGGGUCAAGACCUUCAGGCCGCAAGCAGAACCUGUGACUUUAUUCACCAUCACAUCUUUUUUAGUGAGGCAUCACAUUAAAGGGACUAAAUCUAAGGGACUAGGACAAUGACUCGACUCAUUUAGUCAACUUCCAAAUUUUAUUGUGUCUUUGCUGCACAGCAAAGUCUAGCUAGCCAUGUUAGCAUACAUCGGCAAAAGACAUAUUCACUGUUCAUUUCAUGAGUAGAUGCAUUUUUGUAUAUCUUUAUCUACUAGCCACAAUAAUAAAUCCUUUAAAAUUUUUCGACAGCUCUGGAAGAGCGCUAGCUUUGGUUCAAAAUUAACACCCAUGUGCAAAAAAAGCUCCUCUUUUGAGACACAUAUUUCCAAACAGACUCACUUCUUUUUCUUUCUUUUUGACCUUUCUGACACUAUUUGUAUUUAUCGUGUAAAUGUCACUCCUUCAAAUGUUUUAUUGGGAAUGAAGCAAUGUUGUAGUCUAAAGGUGAAACAAAAAAAAGUUUAAACAUUACCAUGUGCUUUGUAAGCUAUACACACCGUUGUCUCUAAGUAAAAGAGUAAGAGCUUUUAAAAUUGAUGUUAAUAUAUAUUCUGCACACUGUAUACAUGGUUGCUCUGCUUAUCCCACAAAUCCUUUAAAUCCUGUUAAAGAUUCAAACCUCCCCUCUAAUUCACUUGAGUAGACGAACCUGUCGCUUCAUAACUUUCCCUCAUCACAGCCAUAAACCCACAGAUGUUAGCAUUUCCCCGUCGUACUCGAGGUGAAAGUGAUUUUUUUUUUUAAACGCAGUUGCAUGACUCGGCAUAAAUCGAGGAAAGGUCCAACACUGUACAUUUUAUCAAAAGAAAAAGAAGCCGGUUGUAAAGACGUUUGGUUUGACUCGAUGAAAAGUCAUGUGGUUUCUAUUAAGGCCGUGCUGCAUGUCCUCAGCAGAUCCCCCUGUAGACCUGUCGUGACUGUCGCUGGCCACUCCACUUUGAAUUCCCCCAAAAAACAUGAACUGUAAACUGUUUGGUGUGGUGCCCCUUUUAUUCCCACAGCUGUGCUCUAAUUACGCAUUCCUGAAAAGCCAAUUAAAUUUCCCAGAUGUUCAAGAAAUGCUGUCUUUUCUGGUUUGUUCCUAAUCUCGGUGGAAAACAGAUGUAGGAGAAGAGUUUAUCAGGAUUUGACGUUUUUCUAAAUACCCCUUGCGCUAAAAGGACGAGACCUAAUUCAAAGUCUCGUGUUUAGAUUGACUUAUUCAGCUGCAACGGGCACGGUAAUAAAGAUCCUCCUGCGUGACAACCCGGUGUGUACGAAUGCAAGUAAACACAGCUUGACACUCUGUACACAGUCUGCCUUGGGUCAACACUCCAGGCUGCUGCUGCUGGUGGCGUAGUUCAUGUUUUCAUGUCACACUUGUACACAAAUACCAACCGAUCAUCAGUUGACUUUCAAAACCCAUCAGAGUAUUGUUUCUGACCAUGGGAUUCUCGUCAUGGCCUCAGGUAACCAUGUUCUAAUCGAGAAUGCCACGUAACAAAGGAAACAUCGUCCCAAACUUGUUUCGGGACCUCGAGGAAUUUCAAUGGCCCGUCAAGUCACCAGAUCUGAACUCACUGGACCGUAUGUGAGAUGUGGUAGAGCAGGAGAUUCAUAGCACGAAUGUGCAGCUGACAAAUCUGUAAAAAUCAUGUGAUGCAAUCAUGUGAAAAUGGAUCAUAAACUCGAAGGAAUGUUUACUACGUCUUGUGGAAUUCUACAACUAUGAACUGAGGCUCGUUUGAGCAAAGGGAGGAACUGAUCAUGUCAUGAGAACUAAAACAAACUUGUUUUAUCUUGUUUUUAUUACAAGAUAAAUUAUCUUGUUUUUAUAUCUCAGAGCAAGGGAAGUUUAAGCUAUUUAUGCUUUUUAGUUUUAGUAUAGAAGCAUAUUUGCCAGGAGUACUGAGAAAUAGAUGACUGGACAGAACAGGAGUAGAUGUUCAAAUAAGACAUCGGGUUGACAGGCAGAAGACUUUGAAAGAAUGUUAUAAAAGAUAUUUUAUCAUGAAAAGAAUAUGAAUUCCGAACUGUUAUUGUCUGAUUCUCGAGUGUUCAUGUUUAACUUUGAUCUCUUGAUAACUCUAACCCCAAAUUUGUGGAAAUGUCCUCAAGGUGUUGCUGAGUUAGCUCGAUCACCAGUGGGUUAGGGUUUGUGUUGUCAAAGGAGCAAAGCAAAAAACACUCAUUUCAAUGCAAAAAACUUAAUAAAGAGUGCCUCAAUCAAACAAUAACAAGUAGUGUGGGCUCAUGGGAGUUGUUGCCUUAACCACUGCCAUCAAAUAAUUCGGACUAAAGCAGUUUCAUGUUCAGCAGACGCAGAACCUCUCAAAGCAGCUGCGAGCGGAGCUGCCGUCAAUAUUUGCUCAACUUGCAUCUCUGAUAACUGAAGAUGUUCAAUAAAUAAAAUCCUAGUAGUAGUUUAAAACGGAUGUAAUAAAUAAAUGUGACUUAAAAUUGGACAAAAGUCAGUUUUGAACACUACUUGCAGAAAAGUCACAACACUAACACAUUUGUGAAGGGAUACAACACCAUUAAAAGGUAAAAUUAUGGAUUUCCGACUUACAGAUACCAACUUAACAUAUCCUAACCAUAACCCUAACAGAGCAAUGGUCAGUUCAGGUGCAGCAGAGACCUCGGGCCGACUCUGACCUGUAGGACAGUGAAGGUGAAACAAUCAAUCUGUGAUUGGAGAGCCUCUUCUACUAAUUGGACAAUUAGGGACAAGGGUGAAGGGAGAGGGGUCUCAAGGAACAUACACACACCCACCCACACACACACACACACACACACACACUCAGAGGGGGAGAUGUGGUCAUUCAACUAGUCGGUCAGUUUACAGCAGGUCAGGCCAAAGCAGCAAACCUCCUCAUGGCUUUUCGGAUAGCAGCAUCCCUCUACCUGUGUUUCCUGUUGGGAGUAAACGGCUGGCACGACCUGGACAACACAGAGUACGACUGCUGGCCGAUGAACAGUCCAAAUGAUUACAACAUGAUUAACUGUGGUGGUCUGGAGAUGGCCUGGGUGCAGCGGCCCCCGGAGAAGGUAACCAAUGGGGAGGAGUUCAACGUCUCGUACACAGUGACGGCCUCAGAUUCCUUCUACCAAUACGCAGUCAGGAACAAGAUCUUCCAGUUUAGUGAUGCGUCAGAGGCAAAGAGGUUCUGCCAUGAACACGAGUGCCCGGCAAACUGGAACAACGCCAACGAAAUGAACUGCUGCGUCUAUCACGCCAACAUCCACUCCUGCCCUCUGGGCCUCAUGAAACAAGGUGGAAUCUGUGGCCCGUGGAUCCCUGACGAUGGCAAAAUAGUGACUCACACUGUUUCCCAAGCAGGAAAGAUGUCCCAGAAAUACUGGACUUCAAAGGUGGUGCUGAUCCAUGUGGGAGUCACCUCGGUCAUUGCUCAUGUAAAGAUAGGACAGAUGCACGCAGCGCUGGAGUCCAAAGUGCUUGUAGUCAGUGCCCAAGUGUGUGGGGAUGACGUCUGCGAGCUGGAGGAAACCUGUCUGAACUGUCCGGCAGACUGCGGCAUCUGCCCCAUGUCCAUCGCAAUCAAAAUAGCCAUCGGGCUCCCGGUCGCCCUCUUCAGCAGCGGCUUCAUCCUGACCAUGGUGUGGCUUCAGUACCAGAAACAAAAGAUGUUUUGGGAUGAAAGCUGGAUCAUCAACUACAAAAACAUCAUAUUCGGUAGAGUGUGCUGGAUAGGCAACGGCAGCACCACCAGCCUGCAGCACGUCAAGAGUUACUCCACCAUCAGUCAAACUACUGACGUGACCGUGUGCACCGGAGUCAGUAACUCCUUCAAACAAGGCAUCAUCCAGCUAGGCAUAUACGAUGGGAGGACGGUGGCGGUGAAAAACCUCCAGAAGAAACACUUCACCCUGUCGAAAACCAUCAGGAGGGAGGUGAAAGAGGUCAGACAACUGGACCACCCCAAUCUGUGCAAGUUCAUCGGGGGUUCCAUCGAGGUUCCUUAUGUGUGCAUCAUCACGGAGCACUGCCCCAAAGGAAGCAUGUCUGACGUCCUGCUGAAUGACGACAUCCCCAUCAACUGGGGCUUCAGGCUGUCGUUUGCCACCGAUAUCGCCCGCGGGAUGUCCUACCUCCACCAGCACAAGAUGUUCCACGGGAGACUUCACUCCAGAAACUGCAUCAUUGAUGAUCGCUGGGUGUGCAAAGUCUCAGAUUAUGGGCUCACGGCGUACAGAAAGGAGGACUUUGAGGCCGUCAGUAACGGCUUCAACUGUGGGGAUAUAAACCGUAUCUACUGCGCUCCAGAGGUCCUGCUGGGCAGCAGCUCCAGUAUAACAGCAGCAGCAGACAUCUAUAGCUACUCCAUGAUUCUGGUGGAGAUUGCGACUCGCUCUGACCUCAUUUCAGAGCAGACUGAAGGCAUUAAGAUGGAUAUCAUGUGGCGCCCCCCUCUGCCUGAACUCAAAUCAGGGAAGGCAGAUACUGACUGUCCCAGUCAAGGAAAUUACUGUGAGCUUAUAAAGAGGUGCUGGUCUCAAAACAUCACCCUGAGGCCCACAUUCGAGCAGGUGAGGAAGAUGCUGGACAAGAUGAACCCACACAAAGUCAGCCCAGUGGACAUGAUGAUGAACCUGAUGGAGAAGUACAGCAAACAUCUGGAGGCCAUAGUGGCAGAGAGAACACAGGACCUUCUUCAAGAGAAGCAGAGGACGGAUCAAUUGUUAUACAGUAUGUUACCGAAACCAGUGGCUGAUGACCUCCGUCAAGGUCGGACAGCAGAGGCUCAGACCUUCUCCAACGCCACUGUCUACUUCAGCGACAUUGUUGGAUUCACCCAGCUGUCUGGUUCCAGUACUCCCUACCAGGUCGUGGACUUCCUCAACCAGCUCUACACCACCUUCGAUGAUAUUAUUGACAAUUACGAUGUUUACAAAGUGGAGACAAUAGGCGAUGCUUACAUGGUGGUCUCUGGGGUCCCUCAAGAAAAUGGCAUCAAUCAUGCUGGGGAGAUAGCCAGCAUGGCCUUGGAUCUGGUCAGCGUCUGCCACAACUUCAUGAUUCCCCAUAAGCCCGACACGCAGCUAAAGAUCCGUGCCGGCAUCCACUCAGGACCUGUGGUGGCCGGAGUGGUCGGCACCAAAAUGCCUCGCUACUGCCUCUUCGGGGACACUGUCAACACGGCAUCACGCAUGGAAUCAACUAGCGAAGCUCUGAAGAUCCAGGUGAGUGGGGCCACAGCUGACCUGCUUCACACGCUCCGAGGUUACGUUCUCACCUGCAGAGGAAAACUUGACGUGAAGGGCAAGGGGGAGAUGACAACAUGGUGGCUCGAAGCAAAGAGAAACGACUACUCAGACCCGCUGCGCAGAACAUCUGAAUCCAGGGGCGUCCCGGUACCUGUUAGUGACUAGAGCUCUGGAGCCCAAAAUGUGGUAAUAGGAAAAGUGGUUAGGUGUAGACAUAAUGAGAUGUAAGAUUAAGAAUAAUUAUAAUGUAGAUGUCACACUGCACUGUAAAUACACCACAUGUUGAUAGUGUCAAAGUGUGCCUCAUUGUGUUUCCAUAUUAUAUAAAGCUUCAUUAGCAUGGUAGCUGUCUGAGGCACUUUUCUGUUUUCUGAUGAAUUACUGCGAAAGGAGUUUAUUAUUCACUGCCUGAAACUAAAGACAUUGCCCCUACAGUAAGUUUAAAAAUGUCAUUGCUGAAAAAUCUACAUUUUUACUAACAACUGGAAUGUAACACUACACCCAGGUGCAAUUAACAAACGUAAUAAUGUCAUGUAAUGUCAGUGUUGCCUCCUGGAAAUGUAAAAGUUGUCAGUUGAACCUGUUUGUGUGUCUGCUCUGUAAAGGGGGAUUCUCCUUCAAAUGGAUUAACAAAUCAUUUGAAACCAAAAUCUUCUUCUUAUUUAAAUUCUGUUUUGAAUUUUCAAAAUGUUUCAUGCAGAUUAGAUUUGACACAUAACACUUACUCGUACAUUUUGUGGAAUGAGAACGCACAGUUUUCUAUAGUUUUAUGUGUAUUAUUAUGUAGUAUUUCUUAUCCCUUGCAGUGCUGUUUAUGUGUUAUUGUAUUGUUCUGUAUUAGUGAUUAUAUAAUUUACAUUAAAGUUACUUCCACGUUAUAAUUUGGCUCAUUCUUCUGGUGUAACUAUAUAUUUACAAGUACAGAAUAACAGAGAGAUACUGUGCAGUCACCUCAUUAUGUCAAGGUGUGGUAUUUUGGUGUUCAUCCUGACACAUGUAACUGACUAAUAAAGAAUAAUAUUUUAAAAUGUCA